AUGCCGGCCAAAGUCACUGCCCAGCUGGCAUGGCUCUGCAUUCUCACUGUGUCCUUGGCCAUCUACCCUGCAUGGCUGCAGAAGCCUCCCAAGAGGAGAACAGUUAACAGCAAUGCCCAGGUCAAAACGACUGGCUGCUGCAAUGAGGUUAAGGAGCUCAAGCUGCAGAUUGCCAACCUGAGCGCUAUGAUGGGGGAGCUCAACAAGAAGCAGGAAGGUGACUGGGUGAACGUGGUCAUGCAGGCGAUGAAGCUGGAAGAAAUCACCAAGAGCCUGGAGUCCCGGCUCACUGAUGUGGAGAGCAAGUACUCUGAAAUGAACAGCCAGAUGGGCAUCAUGCAGCUCCAGGCGGCACAGACAGUCACCCAGACUUCAGCUGAUGCUGUCUACGACUGCUCCUCCCUUUACCAGAGGAAUUACAGAAUCUCUGGGGUUUACAAGCUGCCCCCUGAUGACUUCCUGGGGAGCCCUGAACUGGAGGUGUACUGCGACAUGGAGACAGAUGGCGGUGGCUGGACUGUCAUCCAGAGGCGCAAAGUUGGUCUGAUUUCAUUCAAUCGGGACUGGAAGCAGUACAAAGAGGGGUUUGGCAACAUCCGGGGAGAUUUCUGGCUGGGUAAUGAACAUAUCUAUCGGCUCUCCAGGCGCCCGACUGUGCUACGCGUGGAACUGGAGGACUGGGAAGGCAACAUCCGCUAUGCACAAUACAACCACUUCACCCUGAGCAAUGAAUUAAAUAGCUACCGCCUUUUCCUGGGGAACUACACGGGCACCACAGGGCGCGACUCCUUAAGGUACCACAACAACACAGCCUUCAGCACCAAGGACAAGGACAAUGACAAGUGUGUGGAUGACUGUGCCAAGUUCCGCAAAGGUGGAUACUGGUACAACUGCUGCACAGACUCCAACCUGAAUGGGGUUUACUACCGCAAGGGGGAACACACCAAGAACAUGGAUGGCAUCACUUGGUAUGGCUGGUAUGGCUCAACCUACUCCCUGAAGAGGGUUGAGAUGAAGAUACGGGCAGAAGAUUUCAAGCCCUAAAGGGAACCACUUCAUUGUACAGCCACAGCGACCCCACUGCCUAGAAGAGGAAAAGCCUGACAUCUUCAAACACUCCACAGAAAUGGUUUACUUCAUCUACAAGGUGCGCUAAUGCCAGGGCUAUAUAUUGACUACACAUUACAUGUUAAUAUUGAAGCAGCCACAGGAGAGAAGGCAGGCACAUUUCUGCCAAGCCAAGUUCUCUCAUGUUAUGGCGCUUUGCUCCAAAGGUUAGGAUUGGGACCUCCUGUACUAGCAGCACCUGCAGGAACAGUAUUGUGGAUACACUAGCAUUGGGACUAGCUGAGCUGCUGUAGGAUUUGACCACUCAGAGAUCUCUAGGAAGAAAGCUUUUACCUCCUCCUUGCCAUCUCUGUAAUGUCUACGUUUACUAAGGGUGGAUCCAGUCUUGUCAAGGGAGACAGUUUCUACCAAGUCCAAGAGAGAGAAAGGAAAGAGAGAGAGAGAAGAUGUGUUUUGAAGUGUUAAGCAAUUACUAGCUUAGUAAUAACUCAUAAAAUGUGCCUCCAGUUACUGGGUCCAUCCUCCCCACACAGGAAAAAUCAAGUUGAAAAUCUGGGCAUUGGAAGAUCAUAUUUGUUCUGUCCUAGAGUUUUACCACCGUUUUCCUGGCACAGGAAGGAUCCUAUGCAAGAAGGUAGUCCCAGAGGGCACAGCCUGGGAGGGGCCUGCCCCACCUGCUUUGGGGGAUACAGAUAUGGGGCAGCUCUCGAGGAUACAGGUAUGCAAUAGGAACACUAGAAGGUCCUUCAGAAUGCUAAGAUGCCAUUCUGUGGGCUUUAACAAAUAGAUUCCCAGCUGCACCUUUAUUUUGUUUAUAGCACAGAAAGACCAAAAUAGUGGCCCCCUUUAUCACAAUGGCAGAAAGUCUCAAAGUGAACAGGGAAUAAACAUGGUGAGAAGCUUACUACUUACAUUAUUCCCAAACAGCAAGGGAAGAAGGUUCUUUUAAUGUUCAGCUGAAAUGCUAGUAAACAAGGGACAGAGUAUGUGAGACCCUAAUACAACAAAGCAUCCCGUGGACAACACAACAUACUAUGAGAAGGCAUCUUGACUGACUUGGGUUGUCACUCAAAAGCCAAGAUGAAUUUGAAGCAUUGCUCCAUUGAUUCUCUAUUUUAUGAUGCUCAAACCUUAAUUUUUAGCUACUGUUAAUUUUCCCUUUUCAUUUAUAAAGAAUUCAAAUAGUGUAGAGAGGCUAGUAUUUAACACUCUGCCUUAUGGCUCACAAGCAUAAGAUUGUUCCCUCAGUUUCAGGUCUCUGUCCCACUGAUUUUGAGAGACAUACUUCAUAAAUGCCUACCAGCAAAUUGGGACAAGCUGUCCAUGUACUGGAGGAGGAAGGGAAAUGCAUUAAAUAUGCUUCUCUUUAUAUGACUGUAAUAAAAAUUCAAACCAAUACAUC